UUUAUAACAAAUACUUUUCAAAAUCUAUUAAUGAAUCUAUUAAUGAAAAAACCGAUUUAAACCGAAGCAAUCGAAAGGGAAACGUUCAAGAUGAUGAUUUUAUAAAUAAGAUUUUGUUAAAACUUUUUGGAAAGGAUUCUACAAAGAAAUUAAAAGAAUAUAUUGCUUUCUCAA